AUGAGGAGCAAAGAGAUCAGGCUCCUAUCUAUCUGCAUGGGAGAAGAGUACCAGGAAGAACCUUGUGACCUGAAGCAGGAGCUGGACAAGGAGGACAGUCGCUGCUCCCUGCUCUCCCGGCAACAUCGCUACAUCUGCUGCUGCUCUCCCUUCAUCUUCCUGGUCAACUCCAUGUGCCAGUGUCUGGACUGCCAGUACAACGUCUGCAAGACCUGCCACCCCUACAGCAAGAAAGACAAAGCCUGGAGUACAGCAAAGACCCUCACAGUGGCACUGAGGGUGGCAGAGGAGGCCAUCGACGAGGCCAUCUACAGGGCAGAGGGAUACACCGACAAUCAGGAUAUGCAGAGUGAAGCUAGGUAUUUGCGGGACCACAGGGAGGAGCUGAUUGAGGAGCUGGCCACAACCAUCGUACAGACAAUCAUCCGGCGGAGGAAGAACCUGGUUGAGAUGAAGCCAAACUGUGACCUGGACUGGCCCCCAGGCAACCAGAGUGGUGAAAAGCCUUUGGCUUCAAGCUGCCCCAGCUCCCAGCCCCAGAUCACCACAUCAGUCCACGCCAAGGACUCUCAGCAGGGGCUGAAGGUGGAGGGAGGAGCGGCAGGGUUGGCCAGCUGGAAGAGUAUUGACCGCCUGGACAACUCCAUGCUGAAGAGCCCUGACGGGAACUGGAUCGCCUUGCAGAGCACCCAGCUCUCUCGGCCCAGCCUGCUGACCAAGUGGAAGUCGCUUGUAUUCAGUGUCCUGGAGUGGGAAUUCGGUGUGAUAUCCGCCUGCAAUGAAAUGGGCUCUUACGACGCCGAGGGGGCCUGGGACGCUGCCCUGCUGGAGAUACGCAGGAAGAUGACCUCCAGCGCCAACAACAACCAGGGGUCAGAGGCUCCAGACUCCCAGGCCUCUGCUGGCCAGCAACCCAGCAUCCCAUUACCCUCGCUGGGCCACCACGCCAGCACGAACACACUCAACUAUGAGUCUGAGGAUAGUCCUAAUGACAAGGGCCUAGAAAACACACUCCAGUUCCUUUCUGCUUUGCUACAGCAGAGGUACUCGGAGGUGUCACUGCACAGUAUCACCACAGAGGUGCUGAAGGUGUUAAACGCAACAGAAGACCGACUCCAGGGGGUCGAGGGGGAUGACUGCAUCCCUUCACUGUCCCCCAACACUGACACAAAGAGGCUGGACAAACAACUCAGCAGACUGGAGGAUACUGUGUACGUGGUGGCGGGCACGGCUUACGGUUUGGAGGCGGAGCUUGGCGACCUGGAGGACUGUGCCCGGGCCAUCGGCGGUGCCACCUCAGACCUGGAGCUGUCCUACCUGGAGGAGCAGGUGGCAACGGCUUCCGCCCAAGUGCAGCAGUCUGACCUCCAGGUGUCGGAAAUCGCAGACAGGAUCGCAGCUCUGAAGAUCGCAGGUCUCAAUGUGGUCCCACAGAACCGCUUCUUUAAGCUCCAAGAACAGCCUAAGCCACAAACAUUGGAGUCUUCACGGCAAACGAGGAGGCGGCUACCUGCUCCACCCUUGAAGGAUAAAGAAACCUAACUGACCGGGCAUGUUGACCACUGCCAUGACCCCUUGACUCCCCCCCACACCAGUGCCUUGAGCCCCUUGUCCACGGUACCAUCAGUGUCCAGUAAGAGGCGUGCUACACUGCCACCAAGACACUACAGAGUACAGACUAACAGUUUUACCACUACUUCUGGCAUUGUGGAUAAAGACAAGAGUUGUACAUUUCUUAAUAGUGAGAGAUAGUAGCUACAUACUUUA